AUGGGUGCAGCUCAUCAUUAUGGCACCUACUGUAAAACUAAGAAUGAUGCAUUUAUGCAAUGUAGAAUAGAGGGUAAUGAUCCCAGAAAAUGUCUGCAGGAAGGCAAGGAGUCAAAAGGUUCUUGUAAUGAAGUCUUCACUGAACACUGGACUUGUCUGGAUUAUAACAACCAAGAACACAAUCGCUGUAGGAAAACUCAGAAAUCUUUUGAUUCUUGCAUGAAUGAGAAACUAAACCUCAAACGAGAUAGUUAG